AGCGUCCGUUCAGAAGAUGUGGCCGAAGCUCGGAGUAACCCAGAGUUAAAAMCAGAAAGGUUUCACUUCCCUAAAGUCCCUUUAACUUUCUUUUUGACACCGGGGCACUUCCAGUCGUCUCAGACGACCCAUGUAAAGCCGACAUGGAGGAGCGGCGUCAGAUGGAUCUGACGUACGUCACGGAGCGCAUCAUCAGCGUCCUCUGUCCUGCUGCGUGUCCUGAGGACAACUACCUGCAGAGCCUGAGGGAAAUCGUUCCGAUGCUGCAGUCCAAGCAUGGACACAACUACAUGCUCAUCAAUCUCUCUCAGAAGCACGAUGCUCUCACCCACAUGAACCAUAAGGUUUUGAAUGCAGGAUGGUUGGAGCACCUCGCUCCCAGCUUGGAUCAGAUAUUUAACGUGUGCACGACGAUGGAGAACUGGCUGCAGACUCACCCGAAGCAUGUCCUGGUGUUACACUGCAGGGGAGACAAAGGUCGGCUCGGUGUUCUUGUGGCGUCUUACAUCCAGUUCAGCAACAUGUUCCCCAGUCCAGACCUCUCUUUGGACCAUUUCGCCACAAAGAGGUUCUACAUCGACAAGCUGUCCGCUCAGAUGACCCCCUCGCAAAAACGCUAUGUUUGGAUGCUGGGCGGAGUGUUAAAACGAGGACACAGGAUGAGCCAGUCGCCAUCUUUUCUCCUCUGCGUCGUUCUUUACGGUCUCCCCAAAACAAAAGCCAAUGGAGGAUGCUCUCUGUUCCUGAGGGUGUACCAAAGCAUGCACGCCRUUUGCACAUCAGCUGUUUACCACCUCAGUGCGGCUCAGACAGACCGACUCUACGUCGUUCUUCAGCCGGCUCAGCUGCUCAAAGGAGACAUCAUGGUGGUUUGUUACGAUAAAACCAGCUGGCCUGCGGCCCGUCGAGUCGUCUUCCGCCUCCAGUUCCACACGGGACUCGUGGUCGGACACACCCUCUCCUUCUCCAAGUCGGACCUUGACUGCGCCUGUGAAGAUCCAAGCUUCCCAGAUGAUGGAAAGGUGGACCUGCUGUUCUCUGAAAGCCCUGAGAAGAUCGCAGGUACAGAGCUGUGGUACAACAGCAGCUCUGUGACGGUGGACUACGACACCCUGGACCCAUCGGUCAGAAGAGAUUCAUAUCAYGACUCAUCUUUUGACACAAGUCCUCCUCACCUCCUUGAACCGGCCCCGACCACCAGCAGUCCGAGCUGCAGCGACCGAGCGCCGUCCGCCAGCAGCGACUCGGGCCUGUCCGUGACCUCGCAGGGCCGCACCGACACCAGACAGAAGAGAGGGGCGUCCCAGGACCAGUGGGUCCAGGGAGGGAAGCUGAUAUUCGGGGCAGACUCGGAGCCUCGUCCGGGGGUCAUGACGGAACUUGUUUUGUCUCGUCGCGGGGACAGAGAUGAGUCCGGGCUCGGACGCACCGUCAACGGAGAGGCUUCGUCGAGCGAGAGGGAGACGGACAUCCUAGACGACGAGGACGAGGCAGGACCGGGUUCUAACCGCUCCCUGUCCUCGGAAAACACGCUCGGGACCCAGAAACCUGCCCAGUGCGCCACUCGCUCCUGGGUGCGGCAGCAGCAGAUGGUGGACACCGUCGAUGGCGGUCUGCUUCCGCUGGGCGCUCAGGGGAGGUCGAACAGACCGCCGCCCCUGGCCAUCCCUGAAACCCCACCUCGAGGACUCAGCAGCCGGGCGGCGGUGAAGAGAGGCCUGACGUUCGAGGAGACCCCCCGGUCUGCCGACACCACCUCGAGCUGUCAGGAAGAUGAGCUGGCAUCACUGACCACAGACAUCGAUGAGUCCAUCGAGCAGCUGAACCAGCUGAUUCUGGACUUGGAUCCCACGUUUGUUCCUGUUCCGACACGCUGCUCCCCGCUGUCCCGCUCUGCCUCCCUGAACACCAACGGCCUCAGCCUCAAAGGACGGACCCAUCAGUCAGGUCCUCCUCACCUCCUUGAACCGGCCCCGACCACCAGCAGUCCGAGCUGCAGCGACCGAGCGCCGUCCGCCAGCAGCGACUCGGGCCUGUCCGUGACCUCGCAGGGCCGCACCGACACCAGACAGAAGAGAGGGGCGUCCCAGGACCAGUGGGUCCAGGGAGGGAAGCUGAUAUUCGGGGCAGACUCGGAGCCUCGUCCGGGGGUCAUGACGGAACUUGUUUUGUCUCGUCGCGGGGACAGAGAUGAGUCCGGGCUCGGACGCACCGUCAACGGAGAGGCUUCGUCGAGCGAGAGGGAGACGGACAUCCUAGACGACGAGGACGAGGCAGGACCGGGUUCUAACCGCUCCCUGUCCUCGGAAAACACGCUCGGGACCCAGAAACCUGCCCAGUGCGCCACUCGCUCCUGGGUGCGGCAGCAGCAGAUGGUGGACACCGUCGAUGGCGGUCUGCUUCCGCUGGGCGCUCAGGGGAGGUCGAACAGACCGCCGCCCCUGGCCAUCCCUGAAACCCCACCUCGAGGACUCAGCAGCCGGGCGGCGGUGAAGAGAGGCCUGACGUUCGAGGAGACCCCCCGGUCUGCCGACGCCGCCUCGAGCUGUCAGGAAGAUGAGCUGGCAUCACUGACCACAGACAUCGAUGAGUCCAUCGAGCAGCUGAACCAGCUGAUUCUGGACUUGGAUCCCACGUUUGUUCCUGUUCCGACACGCUGCUCCCCGCUGUCCCGCUCUGCCUCCCUGAACACCAACGGCCUCAGCCUCAAAGGACGGACCCAUCAGUCAGGGUGGGCUCAGCAGAAACAGACCAGCGACGUGACGGGCUACGCCGAAGUCCGCAGUCCCAGACGGAGAGGGGGCGGACCUCAGAGCUUUAAAGGCUCCUCGGCCUUCUCCACCUCUCAGCAUGGACAUCUCAACAAAGCCAACAGCGUUGACUUCAGCUCUGACGUCUUCUCAAUGACCCCGGCCUUCCCGGUGUCUCCUCCCACGCCCUACGUGAAACAUUUCUCAGAGGUUUCUCAGCCCGGAGCAGUGGGGCAGUGGGACCAACACGACUGGACAGAAGAUUCCCGGAGCUUCCUGGACGGGAUGAACCACGGGGACGGGUCGCCGGUCGCCCCUGCUUCCUGUCAGCGGACCUUCGGCUCCACGUGCUCGGUGUCUUCGACGGGCAGCCCCCUCCCUCACACGGACAGCUCCUCCCCCCCUCCGGUGUGGCUCGACAGAACCCCGAACUCCCCAUACCCGCCUCACCCUUCACCCCCCAUAUCCCUGAGCUCCCCCAACACCCAAAGCUCUCCCCGGGGGGCUCCGAGGGGCCCGGAGGCCGGCAGCGGGGCCGAUGGCGAGGACCUGUCCUCGUUGUUGUUGUUUGGGAACGGUGGUCUGGACCACGGCCUGCUGGAAGCCGUGGAGGGGUUCGGGGGUCUGAGUCUGACGCCGCUGCUGCCCGAGAAGAGGAGGACCUUCGAGGCCAGGGAGCUCGGAUCGCACUCACCGUCGCUGGGCGGGUUCCCCAGCCCCCACAGCGACAGCAGUUUCAGCACGAGGUUCUCCUCCCCCAUGACCCCCGACCCAAUCAGAGGACUCGGUGGGGCCCAGUCACCUGGAGAAGACUCUGGCUGUAACAAGGUGAAGUUUGUCCAGGACACGUCUAAGUUCUGGUACAAGCCCGACAUUUCCAGGGACCAGGCCAUCGCGGUGCUGAAGGACAAGGAGCCCGGCUCGUUCAUCGUCAGGGACAGCCACUCGUUCCGAGGGGCGUACGGCCUGGCCAUGAAGGUGGCCACGCCCCCUCCCACUGUCUUACAGCACAGUAAGAAAGGAGGAGAUCUGUCCAACGAACUGGUGAGGCACUUCCUGAUCGAGUGCACGGCAAAAGGAGUUCGCCUCAAAGGCUGCCCCAACGAGCCGUACUUUGGAAGUCUGACGGCUCUGGUGUGUCAGCACUCCAUCACCCCGCUGGCUCUGCCGUGUAAACUCAUCCUGCCCGACAGAGACCCACUGGAGGAGCUGAACGACACCUCGGCGCAAACGGCGACCAACUCUGCAGCCGAGCUCCUCAAACAGGGCGCAGCGUGUAACGUGUGGUACCUCGGCUCCGUGGAGAUGGAGUCUCUGACGGGGCAGCAGGCGGUCCAGAAGGCCACCACGGCCACGCUCUCCGUCGACCCACCGCCGCCCUCCACCGUCGUCCACUUCAAGGUGUCGGCUCAGGGGAUCACCCUCACCGACAACCAGAGGAAGUUGUUCUUCAGGAGACACUACGCCGUCAACACCGUCAUAUUCUGCUCUUUGGACCCACAGGGGAGGAAGUGGACCAGAGACAGCGGCUCCACUGCAAAGAUCUUCGGCUUCGUAGCCAGGAAGUCUCAGAGCGAGACAGAAAACGUGUGCCACCUGUUCGCMGAGCACGACCCGGAGCAGCCGGCCAGCGCCAUCGUCAACUUCGUCUCCAAGGUCAUGAUCGGCUCGCACAAGAAGUGACGUCGAUGGAAGAAACUGACGGAGAAAUAAAGUAAAAUAAAGUCCAGCUGCGCUGCAGGACGCUGCCACCAGCAGAGGGCGCCCAACUCUAAUUUAUACGUUUUAACAAGUUUGUUUCUGGAGCUUCUGGUCAAAAAACAUGAACUUUACUUUUGUCAAAACAAAUGUUCUUCAUCACUGGAGAGGUUUUUAUGAACUUUUAUGUUUUAGCUGUAAUUAAUAAGUAAUCACAGAAUAAUUAGGUUAAAACCAACAACAACAAAAAAAGAAUUUUCUGGACUGAUUUAUUGUGUAUUUUUAUAUUUAUCCCAUAUUAAAGUUGUGUAAAAAUUGCUUUUUCUAAAUAUACCUGCUAUAUAUUUUUGUACAUGAGAGUAUUAAGAAAUUAUAUUGCAUAUUUUAUUGAGAGCCACUACUUUAUGUGCCUACAUGUACUAACGUUAACCUGAAUAUAUUUUAUGUGCAGCUCUUU